GGAGACAAAUUCGACGGAAAUCAUGAGCAAGUGUGUGAAAAAUCAAAUGAAUUUGUGAAAAUUGCCUUCACAGGCAAUGAAAUUUGUUCGAAUUAUUGUGAAAAACGAAACGUAGACUGCUUAACUGUUAAAUAUUUCGUGCAGAACGAAUAAAACGUGUGCAACGAGAACAAAUGUUACGUGAAAAGUUCAACGCAAAGCAGCAGCGUGAACCGGAUUAAUAGAAUUUUUGUUGUGUGUAUUUUGGUUUAGAUUGUUUUAUUUUUUCCAACGAAGAGAGUGCAAACAUUUGUAUAUUGAACAUUGUAAAAGUAUUCAAAAGAGUAUUGGUACUUAAGUGAAAAAGCUGUGCAGUGCGUAAUUUUCGUGCCGCAGACGCAGCGUAGUAUUAUUGCAGCAGAAAAAACGCCAGAAAUUGGAAGUGUACUAAGAUGAUAGUGAUUUCCGGCGUAGAGUCAUAUUCUUUAAAUGGAUCCGUUGAGUUAACGACAGUUUUGGCUGCGCUUUUUGGCGUCGUCGCUUUGAUGUUUUUAUUUUUCCUUUAUGUACAUCGCAAAUGGUGCUUUCACGCUCGUCACGGUCUAAAUUGUUGCGAUGAGAAGAUAAUCGCCUCCAAAUAUACGCAGAAAAUGUGUAAGUCACGCAAACGCCGUUAUGAUAAUACCAGCUCUGAUUCCGAAGAGGAUAUUUUACGUCGCUUACGCUUACAGCAGUCACGAAAUCUCUCAGCAAAUGGUAACUUCAACAAUUACGGCAUCAAUCAGCAGCCAACGUACCAACCGCCAUCGCCGCCACCAAAUCCGAAGCAAAGCUUCAAUUACACGCCCAGCGAACUGCAGCGCGUAACCAUAACUCCACGUUUUGAUUCCUCCCGCGAUCCGCUAGCCAUAGCAGAACGAGGUAAAGUCGGUAUUCCGUCCUCGCAUAGUGAGUGCAGCUCGAAUGAUUCAGAGAAAGCGUCUGUGGACAGUCAUACGGGUAUCUUGACUGGUGAUAGGAAAGAACGUCUUCAAAGCAAUGGCGGCACGAAUAAAUCCAGCGAAUGCAGCGCCUCCUCUUCGUUGAAAGAGUCGCGUAUUGACAAUCGGACUGAAUUGUUGAAAUCCAGUAGCAAUAGCAGUAGUAGUAGAUAUCAAAAGAUCUCAACAACCUCCGUGCGUCAAGACAGUUUAGAUGAUGUGCCUGAUUUGCAUAGCAAUAACAACAUUAACAACAACAACAGUAAUAAUAAUAACGAAGAUGAACCACUUUUCGACACCAGCGACCUGCGUUCCAUCAAGUCGGACGACACCUCCGUGCAGAACCAAUUUUAUGGCAAAAGCGGUAGCAUUGAAAUCUCAUUGUUGUACGAUGCACCGAUGCGUAAAAUGACUGUGCACGUGAUGUUAGCUCGCGGUUUACCUACCUUGGGUAAUGGACAGACGACGCAUACACAGGUCCGCCUUCUUAUGUUGCCAAAUAAAAAGCAAAAGCAUAAGACUAAGAUACGUUCCGGCGAGAACCCACAAUAUAUGGAGAGUUUUCUGUUGCACCGGGUUAAUCCGGAAGAAGUUAACAAUAUGGGUCUGCGUGUACGAAUUUACGGUUGCGAACGUUUACGCAAGGAGCGACUCAUCGGAGAGGCGUAUGUUAGUUUUGCCACAAUAGAUUUGGAGUUGGAGACAAAUUUGUGGUUACCAUUGGAGCCGAGAAGUACGGCAUCGGUUUUGGGCUCCAAUAGUGACUUGUUAAGUCUGGCAAGAUCAGACAGUGCCGGUUCAACCACAUCUAUGCAACAUGGUGGGGUGGCGGAAUUGCUUUUAGGUUUAGGUUAUAACGGUGUUACGGGACGUUUGUCCGUGGAAAUUGUGAAGGGCAGCCAUUUUCGUAGUUUAUCAAUGAACAAGGCGCCCGACACUUACGUGAAGCUAUGUUUAGUUAGUAGUAUAGGACAAGAGAUAUCACGUGCGAAAACAUCAACGAGACGAGGCCAACCACAUCCGCUAUUUAAGGAGACCUUCGUCUUUCAAGUGGCACUUUUCCAGUUGAACGAUGUGACGCUCAUGGUUUCCGUUUAUGCGAAACGAAAUAUGAAAAAGAAUGAAAUGGUCGGCUGGUUUAGUAUGGGACUAAACUCGUCCGGACCAGAGGAGAUAGCGCAUUGGGCGGAUGUACGCGAUUUGGCCAAAGGCGAGCUCUUGGCACGAUGGCAUGUGCUGAGGGAUCCCUGAUUCGAGCAGUUGGGACAAUCUUCACGACGCGCCAGUGCGCUGGGCAAGCUGGGUUUCGCGUCUAAGGAUAAGUCCAAACCGAAGAAGCUCAAGGAAGAGGAGGAGGAGGAGAAAGAGAGCGAAAAGCGUGCUAUUUGCAACGUGACGGACAAAGCGGUAGCGGUUAAUAUUGAAGCUGGCUUGGAGCUCGACUUUGUCUAGAGUAUUGGUUAAAGCCAAAACGAACUUUUCUUGUAAAGUAAGCAACAAAAUGCUUAAACUUGGUGUGUGCUAACGAAGCAACAGCCAAAACCCAAAUAAACAACUAAACAAAAACAUUUGUACAGCGAGGUAGUUUUCUGUAUAUAACGGUACAGAGAAUGACAAAGCUAAAACGAGAAUUUAACAUUUGUGUUGUCGCUUAAAAAAAGAACGAUGAAAAUUUUACAAAAAAGAAAG